UUUUCGCUUUUUCAUUUGUCUUCAAGAAUUUGAUGUAGCAGGGAGGGAGAAAAGGAAAGAGAGGCAUCGGAACAUGGCAGCGACGCUCACAGAUUCUACCCGUUGCUUUGACGCUCUUAAACUUCGAGAAUUUAUAUCUGAGGGUUCACUUGAUUUCGAACAAUGGACUUCACUCAUCUCUGAUGUUGAGAAAAUCUAUCCUGAUGACAUGGAGAAAAUAUGUCUGACAUAUGAAAAUUUCUUAUCCAACUUCCCAUUGUGUUUUGGGUAUUGGAGGAAGUAUGCUGCUCACAUGGCACGCUUAUCCACUGCAGAUAAGGUUUUGGAAGUCUUUGAAAAAGCUGUUUUGGCUGCAACGUAUUCAGUAGGGAUGUGGGUCGAUUACUGUAGCUUCUCCAUGUCGGCUUUUGAAGACCCAUCUGAUGUUCGGAGAUUGUUCAAGAGAGCGGUUUCCUUUGUUGGGAAGGACUAUUUAUGCCAUACGUUGUGGGACAAGUAUAUUCAGUUUGAGUUUUCCCAGCAGCAGUGGGUUUCUCUUGCUCAAAUUUAUAUCCAGACUCUUGAGUUCCCAACCAAAAAGUUGCACCAGUAUUAUGAUAGUUUUAAAAAGUUAUUAAACCUUUUGGAAGGGGGUGUAGCAAGCCUGGAUAGUUCCCCAAAGGAAUUACAAUCUGAACCAAGUUUUGAUGGUGAAAUUCCUGUAGAUUGCAAGCAUGACAAGAUUUAUUGUGUUAUCAAAGAUAUGAUGGAUUCAUCCGCUGGAUUGACUCGUUCCAUCGCCCUAAAAAAGUACAGGAUCAUUGGAGAACAGUUUUAUCAAAGGGCUCAUGAGUUGGAUUUGAAGAUUAGUCCUUUUGAGGCUAAUAUACAGAGAAAUUACUUUCAUGUCUGGCCACUGGAUGACAGUCAAUUGCAGAAUUGGCAUGAUUAUCUUGAUUUUAUUGAACUUCAAGAGGAUUUUGACUGGGCUGUGAAACUUUAUGAACGAUGUUUGAUUGUGUGUGCCAACUACCCUGAGUACUGGAUGCGUUAUGUGGAGUUCAUGGAAACCAGGGGAGGAAGAGAAAUUGCAAACUACUCUCUAGACCGAGCAACAGAAAUUUAUUUGAAGAGUGUACCAGAAAUCCAUUUCUUUAAUGCCAGGUUUAAAGAACAAAUAGGAGAUGUUUUAGCUGCUCGCGCUGCAUAUAUUCAGCAGACUGGUAAAGAGUCAGAUUCUGAUUUUGUGCAGAAUGUUAUAUCAAGAGCCAAUAUGGAGAAACGUUUGGGAAAUAUGGAGUCAGCUUGUGGUAUAUACAAAGAAGCAAUAGAGAUGGCUGUAGCUGAAGAGAAUUUACAGCAUGCCCUCCCUAAUUUAUAUGUCCAUUUCUCUCACCUAAAAUAUAUGAGUUCAAACAAUAUGGAUGCUGCUAGAGACAUCUUGAUAGAUGGCAUAAAGAAUUUGCCUCAAAACAAACAGCUUCUGGAGGAGUUGCUAAAGUUCUCAAUGGUGCAUGGAGGGUCAAUGUCCAUGGCUGUAAUAGACACAAUUAUUGCAGAAGCAAUAUCUCCAAGACCUGAUGGAUCUCAAGGUCUGGGUGUAGAAGACGCUGAGGAUAUAUCAAACUUAUACCUAAAGUUUGUUGAUUAUUGUGGAACUAUACGUGAUUUAAGGAAGGCAUGGAAUCGGCAUAUAAAAUUGUUUCGGGCAUCUUCCAGGGCAGAUACACAUCAGCAAUCAACUAAAUGUAGAAGGUCACUGAAUUUGAUCCAGGAUAGGAGUAAGGAGACUUCCAUUGAUAUAUGUAAUCAGCUAUCCAAAGAUUCUAGUUCUGACAUGCAUGCUUCUUUGCAUUCCCAAGAGGAGAAAAUGUCACCACAAAAAUAUCCUUUCCCAGAUUCCAAGGAACCAAGAAAUAAUUAUCCUGAAAAUAUAUUAUCUGCAGAUUUAGUGGAAGUGAAAGAGGAACCUGCCAAAGUUCCUAAGCAUUCCAAACCAAAUAGUUAUGAAUCUGAUGUUUCAUCAGAAACUUUAUUACAUCAAACAGCUAGUGGAAAUCAACCCUCACAAGCUUUGCAAUCAUCCCCAAAAGUAGAUAAUUAUUCUCAGGGGAAGUGUGAACUUGGGCAUGAAGAACUGAAGCCACUUUCUCAGAAAAGCAUGUCACCAAACAGCCAGGAAAGGAUUCAUGAUUCAGGACCAAUGGUGUCUCGGGAGGAGGAUUAUACUGCAGGGGUGGUAGUUGAUGGUCUUACGGGACACCGAGGCAAUCUUGUAAGCACUCAAGAUUCCGAGUCUGCCCAAACAUGCAUUGAAGUAGAUGACGGUUCAUAUUCAGCAUCCUGGCAAGGCCAUAGAGCAAGAAGACCACUUCUACCACCUCGGUUGUCGAGAAAUCAUGGUGGAAACUUGCAUCAGAUGAAAAAUGCUGGAAAAUUUCGCAAAGGUCCCAAAAAUGGUAAUCGUGGACAUAUGCAUAGGAAACAUUUCCAAAGGCAGCAACCUACUCCACAACAGAUCCAUCCAGCUGAAGGGGGAGCACAACUGCCUUCACAACCAGGUUACUCUUCACAAUCUGUAUUGCAAGUUCAGCAUUGCAGUCAAGCACAAAAUCAGUUUAAAAGUACUGUUGCUCCUGCUGAUUCUACGGCGGCUUAUAGUUGGCCCUUACAAAACUCCUCAUCCCAGUCUCAACCACCAGCCAAUGCCCCGUCACAAAUAUUACAUGCAAUGCAAGGCAAUGGACAGUAUGGAUAUAUGCAAAAUAGCCAAGAAUAUAACCAGAUGUGGCAAUACUAUUACUACCAACAGCAGCAGCAGUUGCAACUACAACAACAUUAUCUUCAAUUGCAACAACAACCAUUUCAGCAAGAACAGUCCCAACAACAACAAAGUCAGCUGGGACAUCUUGAACCACAGCAACUGCAACAAUUGCAAUCUCAGUUGCAACAGCAGGUUCUGCAGCAGCAGCAAAACUUUCAACAGCAGCAGCAAGAUCAUCAUCCUGUUUAUAUACAGCAGCUGCAGCCAUCAAGACAGAGUCAGAGUAGUAGCAAUCCUGUAGCUGAGCAAGGGCUGGCAAUGGUGACAGCUCAGUCGCAGGACCAUGAAUCAACACAAUCACCGCAAGCAUGCAAACCUGGAGUGGUUUCUUCUCCUGUUCCACUGAAUUCCGAAGAAAAAUCUACCCCAGAAUAGUCAUAGUUCCAUGUAGUUUGACUGGUUUUUAAGUUUUAAACUUCAGUUUUCAGUUUUCACUGUGCAAGGAAUUAGACCACACUUCAUUCGAAUGUGAGAAUAUUUGUAGCUCCCAACCAAAGGAACGAAAUGAAAACUGUUUAUAAUAAUGUGUACAUUUUUUUUCUUUUUUGUGAUAAUUUACAUGCCUGUUUUGCCAGAAAAAGGUGGUUUUCUGACAUGAUAUACGCGAAAUAAGUUCAAUGUCAUGUACAAGGGAAAUUGAGCAAGGUCUUUUACUACCUCAUAAUCUUAGCGACGGAUUUCUAACACAUGCUACCAAGGUCUACUCUAUUCAAUACAUAGAUAUGGUGACCCAUAAAAUUUUGACGGACACGGUGGGCACA